AUGCCUGUACUUCUCACCGAUAACAUUGCGUGUGAACUAGGGCUUACGAAUGGUACUCAAGGAAUUUUUCGAGAGCUUAUAUACGAUGAUCAAGAGGAUCCGAGCGAUUUAAAGAUAAAAAACGAAGUAUUUCCCUCAAAUACGAUCUACAUACGAAAGCCAUUAUAUGCUCUCGUAGAAAUUAAUACAUCACAAGCAGAAACAAAUCUUGAUGGACUUCGUCCUAAACUAAUUCCUAUUCCAUUAGUCAAAAAGCAGUUCACUGUUCCUAUAAAGCAACUCUUUGGACGUCUACUUGAUCGAGUGCAAAGUGAGAAAAAAGUUCCACAAUUGAUUCAAGUUACACGAACGCAACUGCCAAUUGUACCUGCCUUCGCAAUAACUACAUAUAAGGUGCUAGGACUCACAAUGAACAAAAUCGUAGUCGAUCUUCAAGUUCCAUUAGGAACAUUGCAAGUGGCGUCAGUAUAUGUACCACUAAGUAGAGUAAAGAUAGGGGACGAUGUGGCCAUUCUUCGACCUUUUGACAUGAAAAUUCUACAAGUCCGACCUUCUCUUGCUCAAGACGCUGAACUGAAACGUCUAGAUGAACUUGACAGAAAGACAAAGCGAGAAUGUACCUCUUUCACUUUUUAA